GCUGCGCUGGCCGCCCGCGGAGGGGAGGUUGCAGAGCGAGGGCAGGAGGACUAUUUCCUAGCACCCCAGCCUCCUGCCAUGUCUGACCCCAUUACACUGAAUGUCGGGGGGAAGCUUUACACAACCUCACUGGCAACCCUGACCAGCUUCCCUGACUCCAUGUUGGGUGCCAUGUUCAGUGGGAAGAUGCCCACCAAGAGGGACAGCCAAGGCAACUGCUUCAUUGAUCGUGAUGGCAAAGUGUUCCGCUACAUCCUCAACUUCCUGCGUACUUCCCACCUGGACCUGCCCGAAGACUUCCAGGAGAUGGGCCUGCUCCGCAGAGAGGCUGACUUCUACCAGGUACAGCCCCUAAUUGAGGCACUGCAGGAGAAGGAGGUGGAGCUGUCCAAGGCAGAGAAGAAUGCCAUGCUCAACAUCACACUGAAGCAGCGCGUGCAGACCGUCCACUUCACUGUGCGCGAGGCGCCCCAGAUCUACAGCCUCUCGUCCUCCAGCAUGGAGGUCUUCAAUGCCAACAUCUUCAGCACAUCUUGCCUCUUCCUCAAACUCCUCGGCUCCAAGCUCUUCUACUGCUCCAAUGGCAAUCUCUCCUCCAUCACCAGCCAUUUACAGGACCCCAACCAUCUGACUCUGGACUGGGUGGCCAAUGUGGAAGGCCUGCCUGAGGAGGAGUACACCAAACAGAACCUCAAGAGGCUCUGGGUGGUGCCUGCCAACAAGCAGAUCAACAGCUUCCAGGUCUUCGUGGAGGAGGUGCUGAAAAUCGCUCUGAGUGAUGGCUUCUGCAUCGAUUCUUCUCACCCACAUGCUCUGGACUUUAUGAACAAUAAGAUAAUUCGAUUAAUACGGUACAGGUAAAAAGAUCCCAGCAACGUUGGAGAGGGGGUUCCCAAGAAACUCCAUAUCAGCCAAGGCUUUGGAGAGUGUCUCAUCAGUAAUGUGAGGCAGGGUACUAGACUAAUCUAUAUUAAUUGCAUAGCAGGACUUGAUUCCCCCGUAAUAAAGUCCACCUUUUGGAAUCCACAUGUCCUCUGAACAAAACCACCUUUUUCUUGCUAUUUUGAGCUGAAGAUGGGCAGUUUAUUAUGACAAGGGAAGAGUUGGUCGAUGUGUGCAAAAGGAGUCCACAGGAGGACCUUCUGGUCAGGACAGAGGAGCAGAAGUUUUCUCAUGGACUCCAUCUCUGUACACUAGCCAGUGCCUCAAGUACCCACAUGAAAGAAAAAAGUCCCUGGCAGCAGAAGAGGUGGAGUGAGAAACAAAGGUCCCUUCAGUUUCCCAUGACACAAAGUGCCCAGGAGAUCCCACCGCACCUGCUCUUCCUUCUCUAGGAUGUGUCCAGAGGCUUGGACUUGUUUGCCCAGGGGCAGCCAUAUUCAGCUGACUAGG